UUGCGCGGGAAAGACGAGGCUGUUGAAGGUUGUCAUGUUUUGAGGCUCAAGGGUCAGUGUGAUGGAGAUGAGCACUGAGACCAUGUGCAUCUUUAGCGUAUGCCCCCAACUUUACUUGUACUGUGACUCACUCACCACUGAAGCAUAAUAAAAGGUUAGAGAUGGAUGCCUCAGAGAUAGAAUUCUUAGCCGAAAAAACGCCCAUAUCAAUUGUCCCAAACUUCACACAGGAGAAACUUUACCUUAUAUCUGGUGAUGUUGGACCCUUCGCGCCAGGUAUCCCGGUAGAGGUGCCGCUAUGGCUUGGCCUCAACCUGCGGCAGAGAGGCAAAUGCCGCUUGGUUAUGCCUGACUGGCUGGACGAAGAGAAGCUGGCGGAGAAGAAGGAAGAGGAAACACAGUCCAAGGUCUUCACAGAAAUGCCAUCUGAGCAUUACUUAAUCAUCGCCCAGUUGCUGCUGGCCGCUGAACCUGAAGGCAUUCCCAACCCUCAAGAAGUGAAGACCCUCAUUAAGGACAUUUGGGACCUGCGAAUCUCUAAGCUGCGGUCAUCUGUGGCAGACUUCAUUCUCAGCGACGGAACACACGCCAAGCUGGAUCGCCUCACACUCUUGGAAAUUAACAGCAUCAGGCCCAUCCUUCCACAUUCCCUAGAUCAGCUCCACCGUUUAGCGAAAUCUGCUCACACCAACGAACUUUCUCAAACACAGGAAUUGUAAAUGGAGGGUGGCAAUAUAGGAACUCCAAUAUUGUUAUUUAUUUGCUUUACAGAUCUGUUGCUUCAUGUAUGCAAUGGGCUGUCUCAGAGGCUACCUGUGUCUCAGUUCACCUUUAGUCAAUUCUGUUUUGCUUUGAAUUCAUUAUUUACUGAAAAUAUGUUUCUGUGACAAUUUUUAAAACCCAGAAUUGAUGAUUUUUAUAAUCUAUUUAAAUUAUUUUAGUAGAAAAAAUUAUAUUUUAAUAGAGCUUUAUGUGAAAUAGGUGUGUUUUUGGAACAACUCUUACACAAAAUUCACAUGGAAAAAUAAUUACUUGUAGUAAAGCUGGGGCUGCUUUCCUGGAGGAGCAUGUGCUGCAGCACUCGCUUCUGUAAACAGUUAUGAUGCCAAAAUUAUGGUCAUGUGAAAUGUGUAAUUAACACAAGGAUUCCCACCCCAUUCAUGCUUUAGAACACUUAAGCUGUUGCAGUGUUUGUCAGAAGUCACUGUGAAUUUUUUGCAUCAGCAUAGGAAGAGUCUACUGGGAUAAGAAAUCAAAAUCCUAGUCUGUUGCUUUGCCAGCAAACUUGUGAAGCAACUAUUGCAAUAACAGCACAUUUGUACAUUUCAUCAUUGUCAGUGAUCUCUGAUGCUGGAUGGGGAAAUUAAGGUCAUGUGACCAGUUAUGAAAAGUAUUCUGAUGAAAAUAACUGAGGGUUGUUCAGUCCCUAACCUCAGCCUGCCGUGUCCCAGCUGCCAUGACCAAUGUAGCCCUCACUUGUGGCAUGCUGUGGAGUGUGGAGAAAUGUUUUUCUUUUUCCCUGUGCCUUGGCAAUGAAAAUUUUAUAAGUAAUUUUGUAACUGAUUUAUAUUUUUCUACACAGUGUAUUUUUAUGAAUUUAAAAUGUGCAUUGAAGUUUUAGAUGAUUUGUUCAAGGAAGCCUGGAUGUAUGAGAGAAUGUUGUAUUUAGUAUGGUUUUGCAAGUGGUUUUACAAUAUGUAAUAUGCAUAACUCUCCUCACAAGCUCUGUCUGUAUUCCCUUCUUUCUUCUUAUGAAGGCAUCUACUAUCCUAAUUGAGGGGGCAGCAUGAUGUGGACAUUUCAUCUUGAACUGGUAUGUGCUCGGGCUUGCCGCCCCAACUGUAAAACAGAAAUAAAACUGCUUCUUUCAAA